GCAAGGCAAAAUUUGACAUUUCAUUUUAAUGUGCGAUGUGCCAUUGCCAAAUUUUUCAAUAGCAAAACAAAAUCUGAUGCAAGACUUGUACAAUAGCGUAUUGUGGAAAAAGUGUUAGAAGAUACUUAAGAAUAUCUGUUCAAAUCAAAACCAAAAUGUCACACAAAACUCUCAUAGACUUCGUAGUGAAAUAUCACAGUCCUCGCCUCCUCAACAACCUAGUUUUCUUCCCGAGUUGCGGCAACUCCUACUUUGGUCGUCGCCUAGUCGUGCCCGUCUCAUCUACCCCGAAAGUUGCGUCUCCAAGGAGUUUCAGCACUUCAGUAUCAAGAUAUGAUACGCAGCAGUUGGCACCCCAACCAAAUAAGUACGAGGGAAAAUUCCAACUUAUGUUUACAUGCAAAAAGUGUAAUACAAGAUGUUCCAAACUCAUAACUAAACUCGGCUAUUACAAAGGUGUGGUGAUAGUCACCUGCGAUGGAUGCCAUAAUAAACAUCUUAUUGCUGAUAACCUCAACUGGUUCUCAGACAUGGGGGAGAAGAAAAAUAUAGAAGAUAUUAUGGCAGAGAAGGGGGAGACUGUUCAGAAAAUAUUGACAACAGAUUUAGAGUUUAUUGCUAAGGACUUUAUCCAAGAAAAAUCCUCAGAUGAAGUUAAGCCAUUGUUAAGUUGAAACUAAACAUUGUAGUAUGUUCCUCGGGUUGAAAGUGUUGUCACUGUAAUCAGCUAUGUAGGUAUUCUUUAUUCACAUGCUGGUCAUGUUUUAAAUAAUUAAGCUGUAUAGUUUUUAAUUUAUGCUGUAUUAAUAUUUGGAAUCCAAAAUAAGUAUGAAAUAGAUAAUUAAAAGAAUCCAUAUUAACAU